ACGUGCUGGCGGGGUAUAUGGGUCUUGAUGGAUAACAUCUUACUACCUGAAAAUUUCACAUACUCGACGUGGGCGUCGGUGGUUCUUGGAUAUGCCGUUUUAAUAAUCAUUUAUGCAUUACAAUUCCCUGCUAUGAAUUUAUCCAAGAAAAUAAGAGAGAAAACACAUUGGCUUUUACAACUGACUUUUGAAGGUGCAUUUGUAUAUAUAGCAGGGAUUUCUGUGAUUAGUAUAUGGCGUGGUAUUUGGUAUGUCUACGAUAUUUACAUUCUGCCGGAGGAUCUGGCUGAUAGUUGUUGGAUCACUGUCACCGUAGGCGCUGUUAUUCUGUACGUUAUUCUGGCCGGUAGAAGCCUUGGCGCUAUCGAAUGUCUAGUUGAUGGUAUACCUUCUGAUGGUAGCGGAUUGUAUUUCUUGCACUACCUCAAUGUCCUGAACGCACAAAUAGAUGAACCUGACGUGGAUGACACUAAAGAUGAAGUUGAGCUGAAGACAAGCGAUGUGGCCACACAAACAGCAGAGAUCGAUUUAUAUUUCGACCAAUUUGUAGAAGUAGAAAUUAAUCAAAAUAUAAAGUAUACAUAGACGCCGUCUAUGAAAUACCAUCACUCACUUUUAUUUCGCUCACUGCCUUAGAUUUCAUGAAAUACAAAAAAAAUAUUUUUACAAAUUAUACGGAUUAAUUCAUGACAUAUCACUAUGCCAUCAGUAUGAAAUAAAAAUUAAAUACCAAUGUAAUGUUCUAAUAAUAUGCUAUGGUUACAAUUCGAAUGGUCGUAUUUGAUGAAAUCUUUUCAACAUAGUGACGUUGUUUUUAUAUCGUAUAGCUACAGCUAAGAUGGUGUGUUUUAAUAAUCG